AUGACUAAAGGCAAACUCCAACUGUGGAUCGACAUCUUGCCAAUAACAGAUUUACCGGCUCCAAGGCAAGUGGAUAUAACCCCAAGAAAGCCAAUUAACUACGAGCUCAGGGUGAUUAUUUGGAAGGUUGAAAAUGUUUUACUGGAUGAAGUCGACCUUCUUAGUGGAGAAAGAAAGUCGGAUAUUUACGUCAAAGGCGUUAUGUAUUCUGAAACUCCUGUUAGAGUAGUAGCAAAUAUCGAUUCUAUGUGUAAGAAACCUCUUCCACCCUCCGAUAUUGAAGUGUAUAUUCUAUCAGCAUUUGCACGAGGAUGCAAUAAGCUAUGUAUAGUAGCUGAAAAUUUGGUUGCCUUUUUUGGUGUUCAUUGUGAAGAACCUAGGAGUGCAUCGUAUUUACUGUCGUUGAUUCUUAAAAAGCAUUUAACUACUUCUAUAUUCAUUAUCAUUGCUUCACCGUACACGACUGAUUCUGGUGUUACUACCCACAGUAACAGCAACUUGAUUACCACCAAUUUGGUUACUAGCGUCCCGAAUGCUGUCACGCAAAGCGCCAGGCGCACCCUGGCGUCCCUCACAGCGGCACUCCUUUGA